AUGGCCAAAGCGAAGAAGUCUGCCGAGAAGGUCGUCAGCGACCAGUUGACUAUCGACGUCAACGCGUAUAUCCGCACCAGAGACUCGCUUGAGCAAGCUGGGCGACAACCCUGCGCUUCUAGGAGACCUCCAGCGCGCUCCCAGCCCAGCGACGAAGCUGCUCGCGCCCGCCAGUGUCGACGCAGCGGCAGACAAGAAAGAGCGCAAGAAGAGGAUGCAUGA